CAGAGGCCAUUCUCGUGCGACAUGUGCGCACUUUCAUUCAACCGCCAGCACGAUCUGAAGAGGCAUCGCGAUACGCAUACUGGCGAGAAGCCGUUUCAGUGUAACGGAGGCUGUGGAAAAACGUUCACGAGGAAGGACGCACUAAAGCGGCAUCAG